AGAAGACCCAGUUAUUUUUAGACAACUCCACACACUAUCAGCCGCACGAAAUAAAAAAGAAAAGAAAAUCCUUGCUGUAAUACCACAGCAUAUAAUAACCCAGGCCAGGCGUGCUGGAUAAACUGAGGAAAUUUUGUCCAGGCGCUGACAAUGUUAUUCAGGUUCGCAGUCAUCCUCACUCCGGACUCUUCGGACGAGGAGCUCUUUGUGCUGGGUUCGCGUGUGGAAAUGGGCCAGUGGGAUCCGAGCGGAGCGGUCCCGAUGAAAACCCCACAGAAGCUCGCGUCCGCGCGGGAACCGAGUCUGUGGGUCGGCGACGUGCAGCUGGCCGAGCCGUUCAAAGACCCGCUGUGGUUCAAGUUCGUCAAGAGAACCGGAGGCUCCUUUAUCUGGGAAGGUAGCGGUCCAAGCCAUGACAGGUGCUGUUCAUAUGAUGAGAGGAACAUGGUAGAUGGAGUGUACUGCCACCCAAUUGGCCACUGGAUAGAGGAAACGGGACACACGGAUGAGAUGAAGCACACCACCAGCUUUUACUUCAGUGUGGCUGGUCAGAAGGCCAUACAUUUUUCCAGGGUGCUCCCACGAAUCUGGCUCGGCAGCUGCCCUCGACAGGUCGAACAUGUGACAAUCAAGAUGAAGCACGAACUGGGCAUUACUGCAGUGAUGAACUUCCAGACAGAGGCGGACAUGGUGAACAACUCCUACGGCUGCAGACGCGACCCUGCGGAAGACGUGACCCCGGAGACCAUGAUGCACUUGUACAAAGACUGUGGCAUGGUGUACGUGUGGAUGCCCACACCUGACAUGAGCACUGAGGGUCGCAUCAGGAUGCUUCCUCAGGCUGUUUUCCUGCUUCAUGGUCUCUUGGAGAACGGUCACACCGUCUAUGUUCACUGCAACGCUGGAGUGGGCCGGUCGACGGCCGCCGUGUGUGGCCUGCUCAUGUACGUCCUCGGCUGGAGCCUGAGGAAGGUGCAGUACUUCGUCGCAGUCAGGAGACCAGUCGUGUUCAUAGAUCAGGACGCUUUAGUCCAAGCUCGGGCAGACUUCAUCCAGAAGUUUGGACAACUGAGACCAUCCAUCUCUUUCCUAGAGUCGUGAGAGUUAAGUGUCUUUGCACUUGUGUUUUCAAAUUGGAAGAAGAACUCCACUGGACUGGGCUUGGAAAUUAAACUAUAUACCCACUUGUACAUGUCCACAGGGGAGUUUUUCUUUUAGCUGUUUUUAUAAUAAUAUCAAUGAUUAGAGUUGGCAUUUUGAAGUUGUGACUUUUAGCCUAAGUGUUGAACAGCAGGAAUUGAGAGGAACACGCAGCAAACAAAAAAACCCACAACUAAUAUCAAUAUACUGAAAAGUGAUUGUAACAAACCCAGACACAUUGUGCAGGGUAAGAGAGAGGGAAGCGGAACUUUUCCCCCACUGUUAUUCCACAGUUUCUCCUAUUGCAUUAUUGUUUAUCAAAAGAAUAUACUUUUUAUUUCAGAGGGAAAGUUCUUUUGGCGAGUCUUAUUGUUGCAUGAAAUUGGCAGUCCUCGCCAAUGCAACAAAUCAAUUCCUUAAAAGGACAAUGCCUCCUCAUAUCUGUCAAACGGGUAUUCUGUUCCCAGACAUCGAAGAACACAGCUCCGCCCCCAUCUCUCUCUGAGUAGCAUUUCAUCUUUAUUUAUUUAUCCGACAGAUGCUAUUCUGAGCCAUCUCCUAAAUAACAAGAACAUCCCUGCCAGACCAUUUUAAUGCACACACAGAAAAAUAUUAUUGAAAUGCUGUUCCUCUGCCUAGACUCAUAAUGACAAUAUAUUGCGCGUUCAUUUUUUUCUAAGAUAGUGUUUUCGUUACCGCCUAGAGAGGAGGGAUGAUUCCUCUCCUCAAGCACGUCUUGCAGCUUCUCAUUACUUUGUAGCGAGUGCCUGCAGAAGACAGCAUCUUAAAAGGGUGUCAGUGGGGAUGGGUGGGAGGACUGAGCCAUGCAUAUGUGCUAGCGGAACCCAAAAUUGUGGAUUUCUAAACAUUCUAAAAAUACGCGCAAAACCUGGAUAUGAAAUAAGUGACGUGCUUUUUCGUUUUUCUAAAGAAGAAGCAGAAUAUGUACAGGUUUGAAAAAUAAAAGUGUCAGUCUAUACUUUACAAUGUG